ACGUUAUAUUCCUGUCCCCUAUCCAAAAUUGAUGUAAUAUAUAUAAGUAAUUGGUCUUAUUAAAAGCGUAAAGCGUCCGUAAGUACUCCGAAAAUAUACAAGAGAAAGCUCAUAGCUAGAAAGUGAAAAAGAAACUGCCAAAAUAAAGAAAGAAACCCAAAAAACCCUCAAAACCAUAAGCUUUCAAACCCGAACCCUCAAAAAGCACACCCUACCAGAGGACGCACUUGUAUCACCAAAUUCAAAAUCUCCCUCCGAAGAAAGUCUUAUUCAAUGGCAUCCAUAAUCACCAAGGACAAAUCCUCGUUCACCGUGGAAUCAUCACCCUUUUCAACAAAAGGAGUGGCCGGAGUCAAUGAAGACAUAGCCGUCUCUAAAAGCGAGGUAUGAGUAGUUGAAGCUUUCCCAGUCGGACUCGGGUUAAGAAACCCCCAUCGAAGGAAGCCCUUCAUCAAAGAAGAUGGCUUAACAAAACCCUUCACGGAAUCUGCCAUUCUCGCAGGUUCCAUCACUAGAAGCAUUGCAUCUGCUUCCUUGGCUGAAGGGGCAAAGAUGGGCGGUGUCGGAGAAGGCCCCUCAAACCUGUGAGAAGCAUCUAGCGAUAAUGAAGACAGAACCAUCGAUGUCUGCAGGGGGAAAACUCAAACCGGGAGACUUCCAGAAUCUUGAGCUUGCGAGAAAACUGAACCACGACCUCCAACACAACCAACUUGACAAAAGGAGAAUCGACUACUGGAUUGGGAACACACCCACCGGCGAAGGGCCUCAUCGAGGCAGAGAAAAUAUAUCCUUCACCGGAAACGCUCCUCUCUCGCCGGAAAAUCUCUCCCUUGCCGAAAAAGCUCUCUCUCUCUCUCUCCGAAAAAGCUUCUCUCUCGCCAGUCAGGCCACCUUCUGUUCUCUUAAAUGGAAUUUUCAAGCUCACGGUUGGAGAAAGAGGGCGAAGUUGAAUCUCUGUGUACACAAAUUCCAAAUGACGACGAUUCAACCGACGAAGUUGGACCUGAAUUUGAAUUGGCCGAUAAGGAGGAUAAUGAGCCACAAUACAAGAUGGUAGAUGCGAAUGAUAAAGUUGAAGAACCUAAGGAAUUAAUGUUGUUUGAUUCGUUGGAAGAAGUGGAAGAGUAUUAUAAGAAGUAUGGUCAGCAAGUUGGUUUUGGUGUGGUAAAAAGAACCGGAAAAAAUGGGAAAGAUGGAAGUCGCAGGUACAUAACCCUUACAUGUAUUCACCAAGGCAAACCAAAUAAAGGCAAAGGUGAUUGUACAAAGGCAAUUCCAAAAAUAAUUAGAACGCAGUGUAAAGCCAGGAUUUGUGCGACAUUGUGUGCUGAUGGAAAGUGGUUUUUGAGUAAUGUUGUAGUGGAGCAUAAUCAUUGUUUAAGCCCAGGAAAAACAAGGUUUUUUAGAUGCUAUAAGAAUAAAGAUGCUGCGAUGAAAAGUAGGCUUGAACUAAAUGAUAGAGCUGGAAUACCUAUGAAUAAGAAUUUUAAUUCUUUAGUUGUUGAAAAAGGGGGGUAUGAGCAGCUUACUUUUGGAGAUAAAGAUUGUAGGAAUUAUAUUGAAAAGGCAAGAGAGCUUCAUCUUGGCAAAGGAGGUGCUCAAGCACUUCGUGAUUAUUUCAGUAGAAUGCAAAAGCAGAAUGAUGGGUUCUAUUAUGUGAUGGAUGUCGAUGAUGAUUGUAGGCUGCGAAAUGUGUUUUGGGCUGAUGCGCGAAGUAGGGCAGCGUAUGAAUUCUUUGGGGAUGUCAUCACAUUUGAUACGACCUAUUUGACCAAUAGCUAUGACAUGCCAUUUACUCCUUUCGUAGGUAUGAAUCAUCAUGGUCAGUCAAUACUUUUGGGGGCAGGACUAAUAUCAAAUGAGAAUACUGAAACAUAUGUUUGGUUGUUUAGUACUUUGUUAGAAUGCAUGAAUGGCAAAGCACCAAGUACAAUUAUAACAGAUCAAGAUAGGGCAAUGAAAAAUGCAAUUGCUAUAGUUUUCGCAGAGAGAACUCGACAUAGAUAUUGUUUGUGGCACAUUAUGAGAAAACUGCCAGAAAAGUUUGCAGCACAUGCUCAAUUCAAUGGUAUUAAGAGUGCCCUCAAUGUUUGUUUGUAUGAUUCUCAAAGUUGUGAUGAAUUCGAAGAAAGUUGGAAAAGUUUGCUUGAGACUUAUAAACUUCAGGACAAUGCAUGGCUGAAUGAAUUAUAUAAUGAGCGUACUUUUUGGGUGCCGGCAUAUAUGAAAGAUACAUUUUGGGCUGGAAUGAAUAUUAUGCAACAGAGUGAAAGUAUGAAUGCUUUUUUUGAUGGUUAUGUGUACUCACAGACCACACUGAAGGAAUUUGUUGAUCAUUUUGAUAAUGCUUUGAGGAGAAUGGUUGAGAAAGAGAAAAAAGCUGAUUUCGAUUCUUUUAAUCACAUAAUUCCAUGUUUAACCCCCUAUCCUUUAGAGGAGAAAUUUCAAGAUGUGUAUACCAAUGCGAAGUUCAAAGAAGUUCAGGGGGAGUUUAUGAAAGUUGUGGGUUGUAAUAACUCUCGUCUUACAGAUGAAGGUGCAAUUUCUACUUAUCAGGUGAUUGAAAUUGGUGUCAUUAAUAGAAACAUGAAAGACAUAUCACAUUGUGUUUACUACAAUGAAGAAGAGGUAGAAGUGAAGUGCACUUGUGCAUUGUUUGAAACAAGGGGUAUCUUGUGCAGGCAUGCAAUUUCUGUGCUAUUGUCAAAAAAAGUUUCAACGUUGCCACCAAGAUUCUUUCUUACGAGAUGGAGGAAGGAUUUGAAGCGAACAUACACAUUGUUGAAGAGUAGUUACGACAAUUUUGGUGGUAACUCUGAUGACGAAAGAUAUGACAGCUUGUCCAAGAAUUUAAAUGAAUUAUUGUCGCUCGGAUCAAAUGGCAAACACAUUUACACUACGGUGAUGAAAAGAGUUGAUGUUUUAAAAGAGGAAUGUCGUAAAUUAAGUUGCAUUUCAGUCGCAUCUUCUAGCUGUAAUGAAGUCAUUCAAAGUAAUGAAGCUUCGACAUUGCAAAGUAAUAAUUUGCUUAGUCCUGUUAAGGUUAAACGUAAAGAGAGACCACCGAUUGGAAGAAUGGUGCCAAUAGUUGAACAAGCAGCGAAAAAGAAGUCACAAGUGACAAAUAAGCCAUCAACUGACAACAAUACCAAAACAAGUAGAAGCAAAAAACAGACCUCAAAAGCAAAGCAAGAUCAAGCGAACAAAAGUCAAACUCCAUUGCCUUCAAUAAUUGAUGAUCAACACGAUCAUUUAAUUCGUACUCAGGUUGGGGUGCCCGUUGAUCCAACAGGGGAGUUAUCAAGAUUGGUAUAUGAGCACAAUUUUGAACGGGCUUUUCACAUAGCCAUUUCAAGAUGUGAUUUGUCCAUUGUGUCCUGGCUAUGUUCACAGGUUGAUCUACGACGGAUAUUGUCUGUAGUUCCUCUCCCUCUGAGCCAAGGAGUUCUGCUUCAACUUCUGUGGCGAUUAGCUUGUGAUUUCAGUAACAACCCAUCCCAAAAACUUGCUUGGAUGACAGUCAUGGUCAAUGCAAUAAUUCCAACCGACCCAGCGAUUGCAGUGCAUGUACAACCCAUCUUAUUUCAAGUCUAUAACAUUCUCAACCAUCAAAGUACCUUGCCCACACAAGCUGGUGUUGAGCGUUCAAAUAUUCAUUUUUUGAUCAAUGUCAUCAAUUCCAUGAUCAUGACCUCUAAAUAGUUCCUUAGGUUAUUAUAUUUGUAUUUCUAUCAUGGUCAGGUUAUGUAAUUUUGUGAUUGUGAAAUAUUCUUACUAUCAUGGUCAUGUAAUUUUUUGAUUGUAAGAUAGUUCUUAAGUUAUUAUCUAGAUGACCGAAUGUUUUGUCAGAUUGUCUAUAACUGAGCUGAGGUUAUGCAAGUGUAAGUUGAAGUCAUUUUACUGGGAUAUUAACUUACCCUCUUUGAAAAAGUUGGUUUUGAAUAUUAAUGAUGUGGAGAACCAAGUUGUCCAAACUUUAA